AUGGAUCGAUGCAUCUCUGGACGCGCAUUGAACUACGCGCUUGGUGUGUCUCAGUCGUCUCUCUGGCCACGUCAGGCCACACGCAAUGUUAGUUCCGGAGUUAGGCUCCGUUCCCCUUCAUGGUCCUUAAAUGCUAUUGCUGGAGCCCCUGCUCGUGCCUUGAUCCGCCGAUGGAUGAGUGCUCGACCCAUCAAUGGUGGCUCGCUCGCUGAUCCAUGCCGACGAAAGAAAACGACUAUAUCUAGGCUCAAUGCCAUGCGUGCUUCCGGGAAACCAAUAACGGUGCUUACAGCAUAUGAUUACCCCACUGCGUUGCGCUCUGAGGCUGCCGGCAUUGACAUGAUUCUCGUGGGUGACUCCCUUGCUCAAGUCGCGCUCGGAUACGAUUCCACCACACGGUUGACGUUAGAAGAAAUGAUACACCACUCCAAAGCUGUCGUACGCGGGACGAAGAGCGCUUUUCUUGUAGUGGAUAUGCCCUUUGGGACGUAUACCACCGGCGUACGAGAUGCCGUCGCGAAUGCAGUGAGGCUCGUGAAAGAGGGUGGUGCGGAGGCCGUAAAGAUGGAGGGUGGAGAGGAAAUCGUCGGACUCGUGAAAGAGAUGACAAGGAUGGGAAUUCCAGUAAUGGGUCAUAUUGGACUUAUGCCACAGAGGCAUACAAUUAGCUCGGGGUACCGCGUUCAAGGGAAAUCAGCUGAAGCAGCCCUUUCACUCCUUCAAAGUGCCCAUGCCUUGCAGGAAGCAGGUGCUUUCUCGCUGGUUCUCGAGGCCAUUCCCUACAAGCUUGCUGCGCACAUCACCGACACACUCUCGAUCCCUACGAUAGGCAUCGGUGCAGGCCCACACACGAGCGGGCAGGUUCUAGUCCAUGACGAUGCGCUUGGUAUAUGGGGUAGCGCGAACGGAGAUGGACAACACAUUCCCAAGUUUGUUCGGAGGUUUGGCGAACUGGGCCGCGUUGGAUAUGAAGGGGCAAAGGCUUAUGCCAGCGCAGUAAAGGAAGGGACUUUCCCUUCUGUUGAGAAGGGCGAGGCGUACGAUAUGGAUAAUGAGGAAUGGAAGCUAUGCCUCAGCCAAUUCGCGGAGAUAGGGAUGCCAGUUCAGAAUGAGAGGGUCAGUGUAGAAGAAGACGCGAAGGCGGGAGCGCAGCCAUCAUUCAACGAGAGUCUCACACAGAAUCAAGCGACAACUUCACUUACUUCUUCUGAACCACCUCUUAAGUCACACCCCCCCUCCCCCGCCUCGCACCCAACCUCGACUCCUGUCCCGGAAGCACCUUUCCACUAUGUUCGUACGCCGUCCCGUGAUCGCCACCAUCAUAUCCCCCCCCCUCAAGCCGCUCCCAGCGUGACUAACGUUGGCUUGAGCACAUCUAUGACUGGACAGCCAAACUCUAAUCCGCACGGGAUGUUGAUAGCCAAUUGA